AUGGUGGAAUGUCAUAACACGUUCAUUGGCACCAACGUCCAGCGUCCUUUGGUGUACCACCACAAUGUGGAAUAUUCUUCUAAGGUGUUCAGGAAGAGAGUAGAAAACCUGUACUUUAUGAUGCCACAAAUACCUGCAAACACUGGAAGAGCAAUCCAGGGUAUCCUAGCCUACGAUCUGACACACUCCGAAGCUUCAGCAAAUGUCACACAAGGAGGCCUUGGGUACAACUUUGUCAACCUCCGUAUGAAGAGCGACCGAGGACAAAAACUUAAAUUUGACGUUUAUAUCUACGCUUAA